AUGGCCGUACAAUUGAAUCCCCGAUUCAAUGAGGUGGGACUGGAGUUUUCUCGUACCUACCACCAAUUCAUGGAAACCAACAGAAAAGAAUUGGCUCGUUUUUACUGUGCUGACAGUAUGUUAACUUUUGAAAAUAACAUGUACAAAGGGCAGGUACAGAUUAUGGAGAAGCUGGAAUCCACACCUCUCUCAAAAUUUAACAUAAUUUCUUGCGAUUGCCAACCAUCACUAAACAACGGCGUAAUUUGCGUUAUCAUUGGCGAUUUACAAAUUGAACAGAAUCCUCCAAUGAGAUUUUCACGCACUUUCCACCUCCUCCCCUCAGGGUCUAGUUACAUCCUCCUCAAUGAUGUGUUUAGACUCUGUAUUGGCUGA